AUGAAUGCUUUGAGCAGGGGAAAGCUCAUUCCAACCAUAGACAUACUGUCGUACUAUUUUGACGAGCCUCAAUUCGAUCAGAACAAGCCUUUGUACAUUGACGCCCUCGACCCAGAACGAUUCUGGACGGCAGCGCAGUGCCACAAGGCGAUUCGACAACUGGCUGCGGGUUUCAAAGCCGCAGGACUUUCCCAAGGCGAUUGCGUGUCGAUACACUCCUUCAAUGAUAUUAAUUACUCGGUUCUUGUGAACGGAAUUGCAGGAUUUGGUGGAGUGUAUACGGGUACAAACCCAGCGUAUCAGACAUAUGAACUGGUUCAUCACCUGAAAGCAUCCAAGGCUCGCCUAAUAGUCGUCGCACCAGAGCUGCUGGAUGCUAUCACUGCUGCUGCGCAACGAGUGAAGAUUUCAAAUGAUCGCAUUCUAAUUUUCGAUGACCAGGGCCAGAAAGGAUACAAGUCGUGGAGAAGUCUGUUCGACCAUGGCGAAAUUGACUGGCCACACUUUGACAACCUGGAGACUUCGAAGGACACUGUGCUUGCGCGGCUCUUUAGUAGCGGUACAACCGGACUUCCAAAAGCUGCACAACUCAGCCAUUACAACUUGAUUGCCGAACACCGUCUAUUCACAGAAUGGAACCCUACAACCUGGGAACGAAGAAGGAUUGUGAUUCUGCCAAUGUUCCACGCCGCCACAGCUCCACUGGCGCAUUAUGCUUCUCUCCGUUCGGGUGAUGAAUGCUACGUCGUGAAGAAGUUCGACCUCGAGACUUUCUUCAAAGUUGUGGAGAAGUACCAGAUCACUGAAGGCGCCUUCGUUCCUCCGGUCAUCCAUGCUAUCGUGAACUCGCCCCUGUCGAAGAAAUACAGCUUGAAGUCCAUUCGAAUUGGUCAUGCCGGUGCCGCUCCCGUCGAUAAAUGGUCUCAGUCGAAGCUCAAGGCCCUUAUGGCACCCGAUGCGCCUCUCACGCAGGUUUGGGGCAUGACAGAAACGUCUUGUACUUGCUCUAUGAGCCGGUAUCCCUUGGACGAUGCGACAGGCUCAGUUGGCAACAUGCUGCCAAACAUGGACUCCAAAUUAGUUGACGAAGAUGGCAACGAUAUCUCUGGAUAUGAUCGUCGAGGCGAGCUUUGCGUCCGAGGGCCCCUCGUAUGCCAGGGGUACUUCGAUAAUCCAGAAGCCAACGCCAGAGACUGGGACUCAGAUGGCUUUUUCCAUACCGGAGACAUUGCUUAUAGAGACGGGAAGUCCAAGCUAUGGUACAUAGUCGAUCGGAAGAAGGAGCUCAUCAAGGUUCGGGCAAACCAAGUUAGUCCAAGCGAGUUGGAGGCCGUGCUGUUACAGCAUCUCAAGAUUGGAGACACCGCGGUCAUCGGUAUGCCAUCCAAAGAUUUUGGUGAAACCCCUCUCGCAUAUGUGGUAAAGAGGCCAGACGUCGAAUUGACUGAAGCUGAGGUCAAGAAAUAUAUUAUCGAACGCCUGGCAAAGUACAAGCAACUAGGAGGCGUGGUAUUCAUAGACGCACUACCUAGGUCGGCGAGUGGCAAGCUUUUAAAGCGAAUAUUGCGGGAAGAGAUGAUGAAGACGGUCAAUGCGGAGGCAAAGCCCCGAUUGUAG